GAAGGAUAUUUCUAUCUCUCAAUUUGCAUCAAUUUAAUAUUUAUCCCUUUUCUUGAUUUUCUUCCCACCUUCCUACAACUUGGUCAGCUGGUCUUCUAAAGCCCUUGGUAUUUAUAUACCUUUUAUCUUCAUUUCUAUACCAUCAUCAGAUUUUGUGGAGAAAAAAAAAGUGUUUGUUUCUUAACUCAACACACCUGAAGAAAGACUACAACUUUGUUGAUUCUUGGAAUUUUCAUACAUCAAAGAAGAAAUUAAUAUCUAUGGAAUUUACCAGUUUGGUUGAUACUUCAUUGGAUUUGAGCUUUAGGCUUCGUCCUGUUCUUGAAAAAGUUCCGAAACAAGAAGUGCAGAGUGAUUUCACUGGAUUGAGCAGAGAAAGAGAGAAUAUGGGGGUGAAAAAUGAGGCAGGGGAUUUGUUAGAGGAACUAAACAGAGUGAGCAGUGAAAACAAGAAGUUAACAGAGAUGCUCACUGUAGUUUGUGAAAAUUACAAUGCUUUAAGAAACCAAAUGAUGGAGUAUAUGAGCACACAAAAUGGUGUAGCAGAAGAUAGUAGUGCAGGGUCAAGGAAAAGAAAAGCUGAAAGUAUCUCCAAUAUCUCUAAUCCUGUUAACAAUAAUAAUAACAAUAUGGAUGUUGUUCAUGGACGUUCAUCAGAAAGCAGCUCAAGUGAUGAAGAGUCUUGUUGCAAGAAACUCAGAGAGGAGCACAUUAAAGCGAAAGUUACAAUUGUUUCUAUGAAGACUGAUGCAUCUGAUACCUCUCUUAUUGUAAAGGAUGGUUAUCAGUGGAGAAAGUAUGGUCAGAAAGUAACCAGAGACAACCCUUGUCCAAGAGCUUACUUCAGAUGCUCAUUUGCACCUGGUUGCCCUGUCAAGAAGAAGGUUCAGAGAAGCAUAGAAGAUCAGUCUAUUGUGGUAGCAACAUAUGAAGGAGAACAUAACCAUCCACAAACCUCAAAACCAGAAUUAGGUGCAAGUACUAAUACUUCCACUGCCAGCCGAUUAAAUGUGACAACUAUCGCCGGUACUACUACUUCAGUACCUUGUUCUACAACUCUCAAUUCCUCAGGACCAACCAUUACUCUCGAUCUUACUGCACCGAAAACAAUAGAAAAACGCGAUAUGAAGAUGAAUCACAGUACUACUAGUCCUAUUGGUGCCAAUAGCAUUAGAACAACAACAACAACAGGAGGUGAAUAUCAAAAUAGGCCAGAGUUUCAACAGUUCUUGAUAGAGCAAAUGGCUACUUCAUUGACCAAAGAUCCAAGUUUCAAAGCAGCACUUGCAGCCGCCAUAUCAGGAAAAAUCCUCCAACAUAAUAAUCAGACAGGGAGAUGGUAAACAAAAGUCCAGUAGAGCAGUCAACUACUUUGUAUAGACAAUUGUUCAAUAUUUUCCAACUUGACUCAUAUGAAAAGUUCUUAGGAGGAAAAAGGAAACACAAAUUAUUGUCCAAAUGCAAAUACAGGAAAAGUUAGUAAUAUUUGGACCGCAAAGUUGGACUUGGAAGUGCACGUGAGAAUGGGAUCUUGCUGGACUGUGAGAAAUUUUCAACAGCAGCCAUAUUGGGUCCCCUGCAGAAUGGACUUGCUCUGAGUUGGCUAGAUUGAGACUGAAUUGUCCUUGAAACAUUUAAGUUGUUGAAUUUGACAACUUUGUAGAAUACUGAAAUGAGAUUAUGAAAUAUACAACUUAUUGUUCUGUUCACUGA